GGGCUCAGCGCCCGGCCCGGCCCAGUCACCCUGCCUGCCACCUGCCUGCCGCGGACCGGCGCUCUGAGCCCAGCCGAGACCCGAGAUUCUCAGCAGGAGGAGGCUGGGUGUGAUUUGCUUCAGGAUUUUUGUUUCAUUGCAACCUUUUUACUCCUCUGCCUUUGGAAGCGGCUGGGUGGAGGUGGGGAGAGGCACCUCCCACCACCCCGGUCCCAGCUGCCCUCGGGGACGCGGUCAGUGCCAGGGAGUGAAUUAGCAGAGCCGACUCUCCGCGCUGCGGGUGUGUGCGUGCGCGUUUUCCUUCGCGCGGUGGUUUCCCCCUCGCUUUGCCUCUCGCUUGCAGCCGGAGCCGAAGGAGAAGGCGGUGCGAUUGGCUGCUGAUUACACAGAUCAGCCCCGAGAGCUGGGACUCACACUCACACUCACACUCACGCACGCACACCUCCCGCCCCCCCGCCCCACAAAACUCACCCGGGCUGCGCCUGCACCAGUCCGAGCGGGAGACGAGCAUCCAGCCGCACGGGGAGCAGCACCUCCGCCUCUCGCCACAAAACAACCUGCGCGGGAAGGGAAAUAAACUGCUCCGCUGCCAGCCCCGGGACGGACGGGCGGUUUGCGCGGGGGCGCUUUCCUCCCCACUUUUUUUCCCCCUUUUUUCCGAAGAGGAAACCCCAUCUAGGACUUUCAGCGCGGCCCCAUCUCCGCCCGCCGCCGCCGGGGGCUGCACCUCGCCGAAGCAAACUCCGCUGGGGGUCUCGGUCCCGCCUGUGCCUGCGGGCCGGGGCAGGGGGGCUCGGGGGGCUCGGGAGCCCGCCCGGCCGGGUCGGAGGGGGCAGGAUGGUGGGGUCGGCCCGCUGGGUGCUGUGCCUGUGCCUGGGCUGGGGCUGCCUGUGCCUGGCGCUGGGGGACGCGCUGAAGGCUCGCUGGGUCGGGCCGAGGAGGAGAGCGGCGCCGGCAGGAGCGCGGGGCGGCCGGCCGAGAGCCGCGGCAGGUGACUACGGCUUGGAGCGGCGGCGGCCGGAGCGGCUGCAGCCGGGGGACAAGGUCUCGGAGCACAUGCUGCGGCUCUACGACCAGUACAGCGGCAGCCGCGGCGGGCAGGCGGCGGCGGCGGCCCCCCGGCCGCGGGACCCCGCGGGGCUGCCCGCGCUGCACCUCCGGCAGGGCAACACGGUGCGCGGCUUCCGCCCGCUCGGAGCAGGGAGCCCUGGAAACCACGAGCUGUAUGUUUUUAACUUGACCUCACUCACCAAGUCUGAAAAUAUCUUGUCAGCUUCAGUGUAUUAUUAUAUUGGUGAUCUGCUGAAUGCUAGUUGGAACUGUUCCCGAUCCAGAGACUGUUCUCAUCACAGGCACAGGAAACCUGAAAUUCAGAUUCAUCUUUCAGUUUGGACCUUUCCUUCUGUUGGUAACCAGACUCGGAGUCUGGGACAAUUCUUAACAAAUGUCUCUACUGCUUACCGGGAUGUCCUUUCCUGGCAGUGGAAGGAUAUCACUCAGGUCCUGCAUGAGGCAAAACAAAACAAUGACCUUCUGAUCAGUGUCAAAAUGGAUUUGAGUAGCCAUCACCCCUGGAAAAAGGCACCUUCUCGCUAUGAACCCUACAUUCUGGUAUAUGCCAAUGAUUCUGCUAUUUCAGAGCCGGAGAGUGUUGUCUCUAGUUUGCAAGGGCACCGUAAUCCCCUGGUGAGGAUUUUUCCCAGGAGAGAAAACCAUGUAAAGAGCAGCCUCAGCAAGCGGCGUCGGAAACGCUCCACAAAUGUCCUGUUGCCAUUGCAGAAUAAUGAGCUUCCAGGAGCCGAGUACCAGUACAAUGAGGAUGAGAGAUGGGAAGACAGAAAACCCUACAAAACCCUCCAGCCACGGCUGACAGAGAGGGCAAAGGGUAAGAAAAAGCAGAGGAAGAGUCAUCACCAGAAGAGCCAGACUCUCCAGUUCGAUGAACAAACCUUGAAGAAGGCAAGGAGAAAGCAGUGGAAUGAGCCAAGGUACUGUGCCCGGCGCUAUCUCAAGGUGGAUUUUGCAGAUAUUGGCUGGAGCGAGUGGAUUAUUUCCCCUAAAUCCUUUGAUGCCUAUUACUGCUCAGGAGAAUGCCAGUUCCCAAUUCCAAAGGCCUUGAAGCCCUCAAACCAUGCCACCAUCCAGAGUAUAGUGAGAGCGGUUGGGGUUGUCCCGGGCAUUCCCGAGCCUUGCUGUGUUCCUGACAAAAUGUCUUCUCUUAGCAUCUUAUUCUUUGAUGAAAAUAAGAAUGUGGUUCUUAAGGUCUACCCCAACAUGACAGUGGAGUCCUGUGCAUGCAGAUAACAUCUCAGCGGACCCCUUUGAAAUGCUGAGGUGAUCGAUUACUAUUUUGUUAUUGUUUUUCAUGAUUUCUACUUUUUGUUUGCACUGCCAAAGCAUUUUAUCCUGAAAAAGGAAAAUAAACAAAUCCGAAUAAGAGGAUCGAAUGGAUUCUGAAUAGAGAUUCCAAGGAAGGGCAAUAUGAAAAUUCAUCUUUGGAUUUGACCAAGAGGUAAGUCUUGGUGAUGGGGACUGACUGUUUCUGUUGAAAAACAGAGAUGAAAGAGAAAUUUACAGAAGACUCUUCAAAAUUUUAGAGACUGUCAGAAGGACGCAUUGAUCUAUUUUUGUACAAGAUUUUGGAAACAACAGCAGCUGUUAAUUCUUGUCUCCAUUCUUCUAGUGACUAAUGGGGAUGGAGGUUAGAAAUAUAUUAUUCAUUUUAAAGCUAAGCUUUCUGCUUUAGGUUACUGAACAGAGCGCAGCAAGUAAGAAAAAAAAACAAACAAAUCUGACAUUCUAAGAGCCUUAGAUAAUCCAACUUAGAUAUAUAUUUCCUCAGUAUGACAUGUCACUGACUGUGUAUGUGUAUUCAUUUUCAUUAACAUAUUCCUUGUAAUUCAGCUUUUUAGAUCUCAGUUGCCUCAGUUUGAAGAACAAAAAACCAUUACUGCUGCAUUUGAAAUUGUAGUAUAUCAAAAGCAAAGACUUUUCUUUCAUGCCACUUUGAAACUGAGUGGGCUAAGGGUAUGAAAGUAUCAUACUUGGUGAAGCAGCUGAGUGAAUUGUUCAUAAGAAAUAUUCUGUAAAAUAUUUGCAAAUAAUCUAUGCACAAAUUAUGGUAGUUGAUUCCUGACAUGAAAUUAUUUGGUGCAAAAUUCUUGAUCUGUAAACUUUCACUAUAAUUAAUUGAAACUGUCUCUGGUUGGUGAGUUUUAACUGGUUACAUUAAUCUGAUGUAGCAUGUUUUUUUUUCUUAGCUUGGUUCACUUCUGCUCUUAAAAUGAAGUUUGUUGUAGCUAUGCUGUCAAUUUAAGAAUUCUUACCAGCAAGUUUUGCACAAAAAAGAAUAUAAAAUAUGCUUUCAAUUAAUGUAUCCAUCAGCAUAUUCAUUUGAGAAACUACUAGCAGAAAAAAAAGUCUAAUGGAUCAUAUACAUAACUGCAAAGAGCUCAUUCUGUUAUCUGAUGAAUAUUCACAGAAAUACUUAAAAACCCCAGUUCCAUUUCCACCAACAUAAUCUAUAGAGAAUGAUGUUUUUUUAAAGUGUCUCUGGCUGGCAAGAACAAUGUUUAGAUUGCAGUAAGAGUCAAUACUGAACAACCUUUUCCAUAAGCUACCUACAAACCUUUAUGAAAUGGUGUCCUUAAGUAGCAGAUACACAUUGAGAAUAAAUUAACUCCCAGGCAUCAUGAGGGUUAGAUUCUCUAUUUUGGAGGUAGCAAUUCCUUAGUAUUUUGAAGGUGAUGAUAAUAUUCCUAUGUAAAGGCUAUCUUGCAGGUUCAUCGCUGUUUGAGGCUAUUUCAAACAUUCAGUCAUUGAUUUUUGUAUUUGGUCACUGGUGCUAUCGUGUUUACCAACCUGAAUAAUGUGCAUGUUUGUGAGAGGUGUAGGCUUGGAACAUAAUGACCUAUGAAUCCUUUCAGCAAUUACUUUUUAUCUGCACAAAGACCAAGUUGAAGCUGACAGGAAUUUCACUUUAAAAAAGAACCACAGAUUAGGCCCAGAUGCAAGUUAGGCUGCAGUCCUUACCUUAUUCUGCUUGAAUAGUAUACCCCUGCAGUCAGAUUCCCAAAGAGUGUGACUUGAUACCUUUCUAUGGGCUCCAGUGAAGUCAUGAUAAUUAUUAGCACAGCUAGCAGACCUGACUGCUGUAUGUUAGGAUUCCAAGAGCUCUGCAGCAGAAUAUUGCCUUAAAGGAUCUGUGUCAUGGAACUGUAGGAGAAAAGUCUCUCUUUCCAGACAACAGCUGUCAUCUUCAGCAUAUAGGAGCAGAACUGCCAUCAAAACAAAAUAGUAAAGUUCGAAGUUGUGUACACUUGAUCGACUUCUAUAUGCAGGAGAAAAGUUAGAUAUUCUAUGUGCAAAUCAGACUUAAAAACUGGAGGAAAAAUACUCUGCUUUUCUUCUGACUGAAAUGAAAGAUGGUUGCAGACAACAAAGAGCUGUUCACUGCCCAGGACUGAGAAGACUGCUGUGCUGCUGUGUGUCUUGGUAAUGAAAAGCAGCCUGUCUCUGUGGGGCUGAGCUGUGUGAGCUCGUGUCGUGACUUUACAGACAGUCCAAAGCUGAAGUACCCCAGGCUGCCGGGUGUUGUAGGGCUCGCCUUGUAACUUCUCACCGUCAGCCCACUCCUUAGCCUGGUGUCACUGGGACACUCGGAGGUUGCUGCAGGCUAAGCUGGAGGCCAGCCUGGAUGAUGAGUGGGCAGCAGACCCUGCAAGUAAAAGUAGGUGCUGGUUUCUGAUAGUUGUCUUUUGUAAUAGUUGUAAAGAUAAAUACAUAUCUUAUACAAUUAAGUGUGACAAUGGCUGCUAGUAGAAAAACAUGCAAACUCAAACAACAAACCUAACCAAAUCUAAUCUUCACUUUGUAGAGAACUUGUCACAAAACAGAAUUCAUACAUCUUUAGAAGGCAACCUUGACUACAUGGCAACACUUCCAAUUUCUUUCUUCAAGGUGAAGUGGCUGGCGUUGAGUAACACUUUCUCGCCAAAAUCACUUCCUUUACAAUAUUUUUGAUGUUCAGUACAAGGCUAAAUGCUCUUGAGGUAGACACCCCUUGUCCUCAGUAGAAGGGUGGGAGCUGCUCAGCAUUACUUCAUUCAGGGCUGCAUUUCUCCCCAGAUUGCCUUGUGUUAGGACCACAACAGAUUCCCUUUAUAGAGCAGCAAAAGACGACAUCCUCCCAAAUGCAGCGUGGAACAGAAAGUACCUGGCAACUUUCAAACUGCCCACAGGAGGCUGGAGAGUCACCACACUGCAAUAACUGCUCCCUAGGAGAAGGGCAGCCCGUCUCCAGGAAACUGGCCGGGGCACCCAGCUCCCCACAGGCAAGGGGACGCAGGCCCUUGCAUCCUGCGUCCUGGCAGGGAGUUGGAGCUGCUGGGCCCUUGGGCAGAAGGUCAGGACUGCACCCUGCCCCGGUCAGUCUGCGCAUGGUGCCUGGUGCAAACAGUGGAAUGGGGCCCUCAGAGGAAAAUACGGAGAUCAGAUGAGCCCUGGCCCACCCCUUGGGUGGAAGCGGAGUCACCCAGAGUAGAAUAGGGUUCUCAGCAGUCAGGCUUCACAGCUUUUGCGCUCCAAAAUGGAAGUGCUACUAAAUGCAGAUGCUUUAUUGGCACGGCAGUCCGAGACAACAGUGGUCCGAGUUGCUCUUUGGAACCGAAGCUGAGCUCAAGGCUACUGGAGAUCCUUUCCAGUGUUGUUAGAAGGCAGUCUGGAAAUGGCUUUAAAAGCAUCACCUGAAAAGGAACAUGAAUGUGUUAUGCUUGGUUCUCACCAGGGUACGUCCAGGCUUUGUCAUUAACCUUGGCAUGUACCAAUAGGUACAAUCCUCCAGGUAAAAUGUGAUCUGCUUCUUCCAGCUAAACACUCUGAGCGCUCUCUUCAGUUAACCAUGUAUGUGAGACAUUGUAUGCACAAGACUUGUUUUGCAUUUGUAUUUCUAAGUGAAGUUUUCUAAAUAAAGCCGUGUCUAUCAUCAGUAAUGUAUAUCACAUAGACAAUGAUCUCUGUAUAUAACUGUGUAUUAGUAAGGAUUUCAAAAUAAUUUACAACUAAUGUUACUAAUCACCAUUUUAGUCCUAAGUAAGUGUCUGGGACUUUUCCCUCUUAUCCUGUAUUUUGGCAAUACUAUUGAUUGAUAAAUGGCUCUGCUUUCCAUCUAAUUAUAUAGUAUUUAAUGCCAGUGCAUUAUUUCUGCAGUUGACUCAAAAGAUGGCUAGGAGAAUGGCUUGAGCUAUGGAAACUCUCCCUUUGGAUAGGCUGUCCUGAAGGAUGCAGCACCAGCCUUGCUCUGCCAAGGACUCCUCUGGGAGCAUAGUCCCCAGUGAGUAGCAGUCGAUGAGCCCACCACUGCAGAAAGGUCUUGAAAAUCCCACUCUUUAAGGCUGAAUGGGGAAUCUCCUAGUAAGUGUGCAUAAUAUGGGGUGCAAAAUAAAAUGUAUUUAUCCUGCAAUGUGAUACCUUGACCCAGGAGAACUGUCAAUUAGAACAAAUGAUGCUGUUCCUCUGAACAGAGUUACAAAGGCAGGCUCCAUGUUUUUCAUUUAUCUGGGACCCUGAACUCAAGAGGAGCUGAGCACCUUUCACGAGGUGCCAAGCACCUCUGGGGUUUCCAGUCACUGUGUGCCACUCCAGGAUUGGCUCAAAGGCUUUGAAUGUGCAUCUCUGAGGAGAUGCUUGAUAGUUUGCGGGAGACUGACAUGUUGUUAAGCAACUCAUUUCUCUUUGUAAAAAACGCCUUUGUAAAUGAUUUCUGUUUAGAGGUUAAUGCCUGUACAGACAAUGUCAGUUUAAAAAAAUUAAAAUUACCAAAAAAAAGAGAAGAUAUUUUGUAUAUGGAAAGAAACCUUUACAGAUGCUUUUAAUUUAUUUUAUAUCUGUUGCUAUCUGUCCUUUUAAUAUUUUCCUCUUUUUCUCAAUGUUCUUAAGACAAUACAAUUUUCACUAGGACUGCAGAGAUGAAAUGCUAGGAUCGUAGUCAAGUUCGCAAGGACAGGUUGCAGCAACACUGUGAAGGGCAUGUUUCACUACUGAUGUAUAAGCUUGCCUGAUUUGUAUUUGUUUCCCUUCAAUAAUAGGAAACUUUCACUACAAACUCUGGAAAAAAAUUAAAAUAAAAUCACUUUUUACAAGAAAAAUCA